UAUCAUUUAUUGAUGGUCCCUGAACCAGUGGCAGCUCUGGGUGUGAGGAGGUGCGAUAACCAUCCUGCUACUGAAGCACGUGAGUGACGGGGUGUGUAGCCUGUAACGUGAUGUUCAUAACGCAGCGGUGGCGUCUCUCUGAGGCUCAUACAUCCAUCACACCAUGAACGACCAAGUCGUGGCUUUCGCCAAAGACUUUCUAACCGCCGGCGUCGCCGCAGCCAUCUCCGAAACAGCUGUGGCUCCAAUCGAGAGAGUGAAACUGCUCCUUCAGGUUCAACAUGCCAGUAAGCAGAUCACGGCGGAUAAGCAGUACAAGGGUUUAGUGGACUGCUUUGUUCGCAUCCCUAAAGAGCAGGGAGUCAUUGCCUUCUGGAGAGGUAACCUUGCCAAUGUCAUCCGAUAUUUCCCGACCCAGGCCCUCAACUUCGCUUUCAAGGACAGAUACAGGGACUUUUUCCUCAAAGACAUUGACAAGCGCGCCCACUUCUGGCGGUACUUCGCUGGCAACCUGGCCUCCGGCGGCGCCGCCGGGGCCACCUCCCUCUGCUUUGUGUACCCUCUCGAUUUUGCCCGUACGCGCCUGGCGGCCGAUGUGGGGGGGACUCCAGGUCAGAGAGAGUUCGGUGGUCUGGGGGACUGCUUGGUGAAGAUCUUCAAGUCCGAUGGCUGGAGAGGCUUGUACAAGGGCUUUGGUGUGUCCUUGCAAGGGAUCAUCAUUUACAGGGCGGCAACAUUCGGCAUCUAUGACACAGCUAAAGGGAUGCUCCCAGACCCUGACAACACUCAUAUACUGGUGAGCUGGAUGAUUGCGCAGGCUGUGACGUCUGUUGCUGGUUUGAUCUCGUACCCCUUCGACACUGUCAGACGAUGCAUGAUGAUGCAGUCUGGACUUCAAGGAGCUAACGUCAUGUACAGCGGGGCCUUUGACUGCUGGCGUAAGAUGAUACGAGACGAGGGAGGCAGGGCGUUUUUCAAAGGGGCCGGGUCCAACAUCCUCCGAGGCUUUGGCGGCGCUUUCGUGCUUGUGUUGUACGACGAGCUGAAGAGAGUCUUCUAACUUUCAUGUUGUCACAUCACUAGAAAUAACUUUGUAUUUCUUUGUCCGUUGUUUGUCUUAAACCGCUGUUGUCAACUAUCUCCCCACUGUUAAGCACAACAUUGUGAAUAAGCUUGGGGUUCAAAAGGUGGAGUAUGUGUUAGAUAAUAAAACGCACAAAUUGUUUUACACAGAGCUACAAUAAAGUUUGGCUCCAUUUUAUCUCA